UGCGUAAUGGGAAUUUCCUAGCAGACUAUGAACCCCGCAUUAGUCCCCGCCCAGACGCCGUGACAGCAGACGCCGUUCCGUCCAGGUGUACGGUGUGAGGUAUUGCAGUGAUCCGGACCGUUUCAGACCUCUGUCGGUAUAUUUGCGUGAAAUGGCCUAACGCGAUAUGCUUUGUCUCCGAGCUUGUCUGUCACUCGGACGUCCGAAAUGCCGUCUCUCCGCCCAUCUCGCCCCUCGUCUCCCAGAGAAUAAAGCGGGAACACCGCUAACAUGAACGCGGGCGAAGGGAUCAGGCUGUGAGCUGUGAGUUUAAACCUCGACUGGGAAAAGCUAGCGGUUUGGCUAGCCAGCUAGCUGUGACACCCGGCGGCGGAGGCUCGGAUAUCGGAUUUGCGCAACCAUGGCGGGGCUCAUCAAGAAGCAGAUCCUGAAGCAUCUCUCCAGGUUUGCUAAGAACCUGUCGCCCGACAAAAUCAACCUGAGCACGCUGAAAGGGGAGGGCCAGCUCACCAACCUGGAGCUCGAUGAGGAGGUGCUCCAGAGCCUGCUGGACCUGCCCACCUGGCUGGCCAUCAAUCGUGUGGAAUGCAACAAGGCUGCCAUCAGGAUACCAUGGACCAAGUUGAAGACUCACCCGAUCUCUUUGACUUUGGAUAAAGUGGUGAUGGAGAUGAGUACCUGCGAUGAGCCUCGUCCACCCAAUGGCCCAUCUCCCAUUGCAACAGCAUCAGGACAGAGUGAAUAUGGUUUUGCUGAGAAGGUGGUAGAGGGCAUAUCCUUAUCAAUCAACUCCAUUAUCAUCCGGAUCAGUGCCAAGGCCUUUAACGCGUCUUUUGAGCUCUCCCAGCUGCAGGUCUACAGCGUCAACACCAGCUGGAGCAUCGGUGACCUACGCUUUACUCGCAUUCAGGACCCCCAGAAAGGAGAGAUUCUGACAUUUAAAGAGAUCAGCUGGCAGAUGAUCCGGAUCGAGGCCGACGCUAUCCAGAGCGCCGAGCACGAGAUGUUGAGCGCCCCCAUCCGCCUCAUCACCAACCAGUCCAAGAUCCGAGUCACUCUCAAGAGACGGAUCAAAGACUGUAACGUGGUGGCCUCCAAGCUGAUUCUGAUCUUGGAUGACCUCCUGUGGGUGCUGACAGACUCUCAGCUCAAAGCUAUGGUGCAGUAUGCCAAGUCCCUCAGUGAGGCUAUGGAGAAGUCUGCACAGCAGAGGAAAAGCAUGGCCACAGAAGAUCAGGUGUCAUCGCCGCCCCCUUCAGCCCAACAGGUGCGCACCCAACAGGCGUCCUCAGCUGCUGACCAGAGUGCAACCAUGGCCAAGCUGUUCAGCGCCUAUGAUGUGUGCGAGACAUCGCACCAUCUCCAGAUCACACACCUAGACCUGCACAUCUGCGAUGAUAUCCAUGCUAAGGACAAAGUCGGCAAUAAAAGGAUAACCGGUGGAGCCAUGCAGCUUUCCUUUAGCUCCAUUACUUUGGACUACUACCCUUUCCACAGAGCAGGUGACAGCUGCGCUCACUGGAUGCACUACAGCGACGCCACUAAGACAAGAGAGAGCUGGGCACGGAGCCUCCUGGAUGAAUUCAGGACCAACGUGGAGAUGUUAAAGAGCACAGUUCGAGACCAGCAAGGCCCGAGCCACACCCACAGUUCCCCAAAGCAUGGUAAGAUAAACACGUCUUCCAGCGCUUCCUUCAGUCCUCCUCUGCCUCAGACUCCCAAGGCUCAGCUCAUGUCCAGCUCAAUUGUUCUCAGGGUGGCUGACUUCAGCAUCUAUCAGGUCUCAACAGCAGACCAGCGCCGCUCCAGCCCCAAGACCAUGAUCUCCUGUAAUAAGAAGUCAUUGUACCUUCCGUCAGAGAUGCCGGCCAUCCAUGUAGAGUUCACAGAAUACUAUUUCCCUGAUGGAAAAGACUACCCUAUUCCGUGUCCAAACCUUUAUGCUCAGCUCAAUGCCCUUCAGCUGGUCCUGGAUCCUCGCAGCCUGGUGUGGCUCAACCUCUUUGCCCUCGACCUGAGGCAGAGUCUGGAGCAGUUCAUGGAGAUCUACAAGCUCAAUGACUCUCAAAAACCAGACGAGCAUGUUGACAUCAGGGUUGACGGCCUCAUGCUGAAGCUCGUAAUUCCCACUGAUCAGGACUCUUCUUCGCCUGCUGACCUGCCUCGCUCCAUCUCAAUUCAGACUUCAGAAAUGGCAGCCACUAACACCCGACACCCGGCCAACUGUACACGAUCCCACCUUGAAGCCCUUCUGCAGGCCUUUGAAGAGGAACCCUUCUUCUGUUCAUCUUUUUCCUCUUUCCCUCGCUCCUCAUCCUCUUUACCCAUCCUCCAUCCCGUCUUCCAGCGCCACGCUCACGAACAGGACACCAAGUUGCACGACAUUUAUCGGGGCCUGGUGGUGCCCACGAUGGGCACGGACGCCCUCAAGAUGCCUGCAGCCACUGACUUUUGGGCGCUGCACUUUGCCCAGUUUUGGGUGGACUAUGAAGGAACCCGCGGAGGUAAAGGGCGGCCCCAGCCCUUUGUGGACUCCUUCCCUCUAACUGUGUGGGCGUGUCAGCCAGCAAAGCUCGUCCAGCAUCAGGAGAAGCUGAGGAGUGCUGCUGGACCAGGACUGUCCAGAAGCUCGUCAGCGGAGGCUGUCGCACGUUUACAGAGGAAGCGAUUAUUAAAGGAGUAUUACAGCACUGAUGCAACGACAUCAUCACCUCACAAUAGCAAUUCAGCACUGCCAGCCAGUAAUGGUCUCCAUAAACCCCUCUCACUAGACAGUCUGCCCUCCUCAUCCUCCUCUUUGUCAUCAGAUAAAGAUGCAGAUGUGCAUGUGUUGGUGCAUGUGCAGAAGCAUCUGAGCGCUCAGGUAAGCCAUCGGCAGUAUGUGUUUCUGAUGCAGCUUCAGCGCACCAUCAAAUCCCUGCAGCAGACACUACAGCAGGAUAUGGAGAAGAUGAGCUCCAAGAGAGACCGCAAGGAUCCUUCCCACCAUCCGGCAGAUCGCCAGCCGUUCACAGUCUGCUUGGGCCUCCUGCUCAAAAGCGCAGAGGUGUCCCUGCUCCUGAAGCCCAUUCCGCAGCCUGAGGGUUCAGGAUCUCCUCCAGGCUCGGAGCUGUCGCCCUCAGAGAGCCGAGGAACUCUGGAGCCUGCGAGUGAUGCGAGAGACGGGGGAGAGAAAGGCAAUGAAGGAUCUGGCUCAGAAGGUGGAGGAGCCAAGCAGUCUUGCACUGUAGACCAGCUGCUAUGUAGCCAUGGCUUAGAGGGAGGACCCAUGCAGGUUCCUGCACCUCUCGUUCCCGCUUCCACUUCAACUACACAUCCCGACUUGAACCACAAAACGUCAGUGGAGGAGAGGACUCCGGCUAAAAGGACUGGGCGGGAGAGUUCAGAUGAAGGUGGCGAGGUGCUGACGGAUGGGUUGUCUGGAGGUGAUGAUAUGGGAUCUAGGUUAGACUCCAAAAGCCAACCAUGUGACCAUCUGCCUGAUCCACUCAGCAGCAAAGACUGGAGCGACAAAGACAAGGCUGCAAAGAUGCCUCAGUCAAUAUCCAGGAAAGGAAGUUUGUCUGUGGUAUCUGAUCUCCUCAGCUCCUCAAACUCCAGCAGAUCCACCUCCCUUUAUUCCAUGUCCAACAUUGGUCGUUUGAUGCGGGAUCGCUCCCAGUCCAGUUUCUCUGUGUCCUAUAAAAAUAUGAAGAAGAGCCCCUCUCUGCAGUCCCUGGACAACAUCUCCAUAGAUAGCUACCUGAUGGAGGAUGGAGACACUUACAGCCUGCUGGAAAGAGACGACGUGUCCAUCUCAGGCUUCAAGGACGUCAUCAGUGAACAAAGCACCGCAGAGAGCGCCAUCGAGGCAGCGACUGGUCAGGAGCACGAGGGGGGAGAGUCCCCCGACUCUGCCAGCGCAGCAUCACAGAGCAUUGAUGAGCCCACCAAAGAUACAGUGUCAGUGCUGGUGUUGAAGGUGCAGUCGGUGUGUGUGGGCAUGGAGGCCAUGGGCGAGAGCACAGCCGUGGCUCUGGAGGUGGGCCGGGUCACACCCAGCCAGCUGGGAAAUGUCAGCCUCAGACAGUACCUCAGCAACCGCAGCCUGGGUAUGGUGUGUUCAGUACCAAUACCUGCACAAAGCAGCCAAGCUGGCGGCGAGACCAGCUCUUCAUCCAUCCAGGGCCUUCACGGUCCGGCGGUCCGGGCUCGGCUGGAAAGCGGGCCCUGGGCCGCCGCCCACUCCCCGUUGGCUGAACGUAACGGCUUCCUCCAGCUGCAGCUUCACGAUUACACGGCGAGCUUCAUGAUGUCCUCGCUCCGCAACCUUUCCCUUUUCCUGGAGGACGACUCGGCCUCCCAGGUGCUGCCCAUGGAGAUCAGCAUCAGGGAUACACACAUUGAUUUAAAGCGGUCAAUGAAGGAUGAAAUGUUCCAUAUUCUGUAUGUGGGGCAGAUUGUGAUGUUUAUUUAUUUCUUCUUUCAGAUGCUGAUCGAAGAGAAUGAGUGUUUAAAGGUGGAGCUUUCCCGGGCAAAGAUGGCGCUGGCUGAGGCUCAGAUGGAGAAGGACUCGCUGCUUCACCGACUGAAGAACCUCAAAGUCAGCACCAGCUAGACCGCCACUCUCGAAGACCCUACAAGUCUCGCAAAAUAAGAAGGAAAAGAAGAUGAUUUUUUUUUUUUUAAACUAGAAUGGGGGCUCCCUUUUCACGAGCCACCGCGUGACUUCAGACUUAUACAAAUAAAACAAUCCUGAGUCUUUGACGACUCUGAGAAAACGCAUUUUUACACACUCGUCAUCUGUUUUGUUUUCCACUUUUAAUUGCGGACAAUUCACACGUUUGCAGCGCUAAGAAGGAUAAAAAGCGCACCUGUGUGUGUUUGUGUGAGACAGCAAGAGGAUGAGAUUUCUAACUUUGGUCGUGCCUACAGAAAACCAUUCCCAGAAACCUGCUUUUGUUGUUCAAGUUUCAAUUUAAAAAAAAAGCAUCCCAGCUUUUCGUCAGUGAGCUUCACUCAGACCUGUAGGCAUGGGGAAACGCUGAAUGUCGUAUCUUCAGAGGAAUGUCUUACUUUGCACUGCGCUGAAAUUCGAUUUGUAAUCCAGCGCUUUCAUAUUCAGAGGGGAGCGACGAAUCGUGUUCCUGCUCGUCCUCGCAGCGUGUACAGUGUAUAUUGUGCAAGAAUGGGAACACAUAACUAUUUUCUACAGAACUUUGAAUGAUUUUGCAGUGAUUCAGUUGAAUGAGUGUAUGUCUCAGUCAGAACAAGCAUUUCUUUACAAGUAAAGUGUGAAUUUCCAUGGCUUUGACACCAGUCUGUUCCUCCCCGCCCGCACCCAUUCCCAUUUAUUUUAUUUUUUUUAAUUAUGUGUAAAUAGCUCCUUAACAUGUGCUGCACUUUUAAAACUGAGGCAAUGUAAAUACAACAAUCAGAACUGUGAGAGAAAAGUUGAGCCGACGAGUAGAGACAGUGGAAAUAAACAUCCACUCUGAGAAAAGAGGAAAAUUAGGGCACCGUAAAGCUGCCUGAUUACUUAAGUGUGUGUGCGUGUGUGUGUGUCUUUAUGUGAAUUUUCUAAUCUGCCAUCUAAUGUAAUUUUAUUUUAUUUUAUUUUCCGUGGACGCACAAAGACUAUCUGUUCAUGUGCCCAUGCCUCACGCUUGUGCGGCUACUUUAGGGGGAGUGACUUUUCUAAGAGCGCAUGCUUCGGCACAGCACAAAAGGAUAGUUUUUGGCGUCUGUGGAUUCGGAACAUUAAAUCGUCUGAAGGUGCAUUUAUUCAUUUCAGGAUGUUUUUUUUUUUUUCUUUUUAAUUUAAAACAAUGUUUUGAUUUGUUUGGUUUCCUGAAACACAGCUAGUUGCCUCCACGAAUGAGCGAUUCAGACUUGAAAUGAGAUUUUUAACAGAGCUGUCUUCUUAAAGAGGAAUGUUUUACUUUACGUCUGCUUUAUUUUGGCCCAUUUUUCCUAGACUUUUUUUUUUUUUUUUUUGGUGGGGGGGGGAAAAAAAACUAUC